UUUGUUUUUGUUAUUUUUAUUUUAUUUUCUUAACUUUAUAUUAUAAUGUCUACUAUGUCUUCUCGAGAUCAUCUUGUUCCUCGUCACUCAACCUAUAUUAGCAAAACUACUGAUGAAUACAAUAAUAAUAUAAAGGAAUGGCAAGUUCUCAUUGAUCAAUUAAAAGAGCGGCUUCAGGAGGCAACAGGAGAAGGCAAACCAAAGCAUAUUGCUUUACAUCGAAAACGGGGACAAUUAUCAGCUCGUGAACGUAUUGAGGUACUUUUAGAUGAAGACUCACCUUUCCUUGAAUUAUGUGCACUUGCAGGUUAUGGACAAGAUGAUAUGACGCUUGGCGGCUCAGUCGUUGCUGGUAUUGGACUUGUUAGUGGAGUCCUUUGUCUAGUUUCUGCACAUGUUCCAACUAUGGCUGGUGGUGCUAUGAACGAAAUAUCUGCUCUUAAAGGCGGUCGUCUACAUCAAAUUGCUAUACAGAACAAAUUGCCAACAAUUACUUUUGUUCAAUCAGCUGGCGCAAAUUUACAACAACAGUUUCGUGUAUUCCAUCGUGGCGGUGCAGGCUUUCGUAACCAAGCUAUACAAUCAAAAGUUGGUAUUCCAUCCUGUUGUGUUGUAUUUGGUAACUCAACUGCAGGUGGUGCAUAUACUCCUGGUAUGAGUGAUUAUGUGAUCAUGGUUAAGAAACAAGCUCAAGUCUUUUUAGGUGGUCCACCUCUAGUUCAAAUGGCUACAGGAGAAGUCACAGAUGCUGAAAGCCUAGGUGGCGCCGACAUGCAUUCUCGUGUUUCUGGCGUUAGUGACCAGCUGGCUAAUGAUGAAUAUGACGGUAUUCGUAAAGCCCGUGAAUGGGUUGCUAAUUUGAAUUGGGAACAAAAAGGAAAUUUACCCCCAAGGCACCUGAAUGGUCAAUAUGAAGAGCCUUAUUAUGCCGCAGAGGAAUUAUUGGGUAUUGUUUCUGCUAAUAUUCGUAUCCCUUUUGAUGCCACAGAAGUCAUUAUUCGUAUUGUAGAUGGGUCACGAUUUACUGCUUUCAAACCGAAUUAUGGAGGAAAUCUUAUUUGUGGAUGGGCUUUUAUUCAUGGUAUCCCUGUUGGUAUUCUUGCUAAUAAUAAUGUUAUUUUCACUCAAGAAGCCAAUAAAGCUACUCAAUUUAUUCAACUUUGCAAUAUGAAAAAUACACCAUUAAUUUACUUGCAAAACAUUACGGGUUUUAUGGUUGGUAAAAGAUAUGAAGAAGAAGGUAUUGUCAAGGCUGGUUCUCGUUUCAUUAAUGCUGUCAGUAAUUCUACUGUGCCUGCAAUCACUAUUAUGAUGGGUGCUAGCUAUGGUGCCGGUAAUUAUGCAAUGUGUGGUCGUUCUUAUGAGCCCAGAUUUUUAUUCUCUUGGCCUAAUUCUAAAUGUUCAGUAAUGGGUGCUGAGCAACUAACAGGCGUACUUGACCUCGUUAUGCGACAAGGUGCUGCUAGGUUGGGUCAAAAGAUUGACGAAGAAUUAGCUAGUGAGAGAAAAGCCAUGUUCCAGGCUUCGGUUGAAGCAGAAUCAGAUGUCUAUUAUACAUCAUCUCGUCUUCUUGAUGAUGGUAUUAUUGAUCCUAGAGAUACCCGAACUGUCAUUGGAUUCUGUCUUGCUACUAUUUAUAAUAAUAAAGUUGAAGGUGGGAACCUAUAUGGUGUUAGUCGAAUGUAAAUAUCACAUAAUAUAUGCUUAUAUUUGAUAAAUAUUUUUCAAGUAAUAGUAAAAUUUAUACAUUUAUGUAUGAAAAUAAAAAUAUAUGUAUAUUCGUUUGUAUGUAUGUAUGGAUAUGUGGAUAUAUAAUCCUAUAAAUCCUUUUCAUCAGGUCUUGUAAUAAUAAAAUCAGAAGCACUCUUUCCCACUACAUCCAAAAAUAAGUUUGUACACGAACCAGGAUUAAAAUCAAAGGAAGUGCCAGGGUUACAAUAACAUUUACUAUUCACAAACCAUUCUUGCUCAGUAGGACAGUGUUCAAAGUUAUCAUGUUUAUAACCAAUAUCAUAGAACCAAUGAACAUCACUCUUCUUUAACAUUAAAGCCACUGCAAUCGAG